AUGGUUGAUAGCAAGUACGACAUAGACUACCGGCGUCUCAGAGACGAGACAAUGCGCAUGAUAGAUGACAUCCGAUCUGCGCUGUCCCUCGACAACGGCCCAGAGCCUGACACCUUGUCCCAUGCAGAGGCGGACCUUGUUGGUCUUUGGAAAAGCUUGCUUUCCGAAGACUGCAGGCCCGCAGAAUUUGAUGUGCAGGUAGGAAACCAGAUAUACCCGAACAGCACCCAAACAGUAACAUAUCUUGUAGUGUACUAUCUCCUUGAAAACAACUGUGCCGACGUUGUUGAAAGGUUGAUAUCAGAGACAAAAGACGGGAAAGACGAAAUCAUCAAAAUAAGAGAUGGCUAUGUCAAGUUUAAAAAGGUUAUUUCCCAAAUAUCGGAGGAUUCCACAUUUCUUCUGGAGGAGUUUCUCGAGGGUUACCCAAGCAAGGAGCUUGAGCUGUAUUUGGUGUCCCACGAGUUCCUGCUACUAAUACACAAGGGGAGAUACGACGAAGCCCUUAGGUUGUGCUUCAAGAAGCUUAGGUCAUUUGUUCCUACAUACAUUCAGGAUGUCAAGCCGCUCCUUAGGUUUCUGGUAAAUCCUACGAACAUACAAGAGGCUCUGAAGAAAAGCAGAAGCAAGCUUAUUGAGAAAUUCAAGUCCAAGUACAUAGAGAUGAAUGGAAUGCCAAACAGAUGCUAUCUCAGGGAGCUGUUUGAAACAGGGACCUCUGCCUUUCUCCAGCUCUCCACCUCUGGAAGCCUGCUUUUCGAUAAGGAUGAUUCAACUCUUCCUAUGGAGAUAAAAAUAGAGAAGGGAAGAAACUACCACUCUCUCUUUAUAUGCCCAGUGCUCAAAACGCUCUGUGUAGACGAAAACAUUCCCGUGAUGCUUGAAUGCGGACAUGUAAUAUCUCUGGAGGCGGCCAGCGUGCUUUCCCAGGAAGGAGUUCUAAACUCUUUCAAGUGUCCGUACUGCCCUGAGAUGUCCAAGUACGAAAACAUCUUGAGGCUUAGGAUUUAG